GCGAACUUCUUUCCAGCUCCACUCGCUCACCUAUUUGAACUGAAAUACUCUUUCUCAGAAACGGAGGACCAACAUAUGGGAAUAUAUCAGGCCUCGGUUACACUUUUUAAACUUUUUAUAUGGCUUUUUUUCUCCUUUCAGUGGAAGCGCUCACUGAGCAGGAGAGGAAUCUUCUAGUUUCUUAAAACUGCGCUCCUUUUACUUAUUUUAUUCUUGCUCCCGGGUUUCUUUUCAUGCAUGCGAUGUCACGGAGUAAUAAAAGAAGAAAGAAAUGUUUGAUUUCUUAUCCAAUGGUUCCCAGUGAAAGUUGUUUUUGAGUUUAUUUUAUUUUCAUUUUUUUUUUCCUCCAAGAAACCAGUUGAGCUGCUGAGGACAGGACUUUAUAAUCAAUGUGGUGUCAGCUGGAAGGACGAGGGGUCCGGAUCUCACCUAAACGCUGAUACGUCCUGGGAGUGAUGCACUGGCUUCCCCUGGUUGCCAUGGUGAUCGCCUCGGCCCUGCCCUUCCCUCAUAACCCCGCGACGACGCAGCCCGGCUCAGGCAGCCGCAGAGAGCACCGCCGUGACCCGGCCUCCUUCCUCCCGGCUCCGUCUUUGGACUACGGCCUUGGAGGAAAUGCCUCUCGAACAGACAGCAGCAGAAAAAGCCAAAAAGAUUACAUUAAUCUCUCAGUUCAUAGAGAGACCUCCACAUCCAGAGGGGAGGAUCAGAUAGCCUACAAAACUUUUAGCAGCUCAGCCAGCAGGGACAAAAUCAGCCUGGAACCACUCAGGACUGAGGAAUCUCCGGAGGAUAAGUCUCUACCAAAGGACUACAAAGCCAGCAGGAAGGAGGACUCCGGCGUUUUGGAUACAGGAGCCACAAUGGUUCCUGGUGAGGACGGUCUGACCCUGGAGGCUGGGCUAGGUCUGGGGGUCGGGAUGGAAAGCCUGUUGGAGAUAGAUGAGAUGUUUCUGGACGCUCACCCCAGAGUCCUUUUCUCACCCUCUCCAUCACCUCCAGAGCAUCCGCCGCUCCUGCUGAUGUUGGAGAAUGGCCUGACGGACGAGGAAGGCGGAGAACUAGAGGAGCAGGAGGAUGCGGACGGGCGCAUCGAGGGCCAUGGCGACCGAGCUAACGACAGAAGCACGACGACUCCAAGUUGGGCAAACUACUCCAGAAGAAAGGACGAGGACCGUCCUUUUAAACGGAACAAGCGGUCACCCCAGAACGACAGCCGGAGGGGCGAGAAGUCUGUGUGCGAGUCGGAAAGCGUUUGGGUGACCGACAAAACGACCGCCAUAGACACUUACGGCAAGGAGGUCACCAUCCUCCAGGAGAUCCAGACGCAGACUGGAUCUCUCAAACAGUACUUCUAUGAGACCCGGUGCCGCCAGGCCGAUCAGCGCAGCGGGUCAAGCAUCACGAGCGAAGGGGGGUCAAGAUCCGCGGGGACGGGCGUGGCUGGGGCCGGCUGCUUGGGCGUGGAUACAAAACAGUGGAAGAGCAUGUGCAAAGCGAGGCAGUCGUUUGUCCGGGCCCUCUCCAAGGACGCCAACAACAGGAUGGGAUGGAGGUGGAUCCGAAUAGACUCAUCCUGCGUCUGCGUGCUGCUUUCCAGAACUAAUAAGGGGGGGAAGGAGGUCUUGCCGAGACGGGGGAGAGUCUAAUACAAGCAAGGAAGGGAGGGGACGGCAGAGCAGCUCAGACAUUAUCUGUCCACACAUUUUCAAAUGUCUCCUUCCUCCAUUUUAUGACUAUUACCAGAAAACAAGAAGACCUCAAUGCUAGAUAUUUUUAGAGAAAACUGUUACAUAGACAUUUUACAUCAAGAAGUACUGUUUUUGUAUGUUUUAUCUUUCAUAACCUAAGUUAUUUUUGACUAGUAUGUAAGCAUGUCUUUGAUAUUAAUAUAUUUCCUGAUGUGUCCACAACAUGAAACCAGUAUACCUUUUUCUGUAUCUCAGUGUGUAUUUAUAGAAGACGUCUUUAUGCAGUUGUAGCUCUCUCUCUGGUGUCUAAUGAUAAUUCCAGCCUCUGGUUCGCCACCUUUUGAAAGCAAAGAGCGCCACCUACUGAGAUUCCAUUUCCCUGCUCCUAACUCUUACAGCUGUGGGUGAAUGUUACAGGUUCCUUCUGUGGGACCCGCCUGGGUUGUAAAUUAUGUGGCACCUAGAGAAGAUCUGAUGACAUAUGAUAAUAAAAGAAAUUUGUAUGUAGAUUA